GAGAGUGCUGGUACGGUACAGAGUCAAUAGAAAUUGCACCAAUCCUACAUGCAGGAUUGUUCAAGACGGGGAGGAUUUAUUUUUAAUUCAGGCUAAAAAGCCGAUUUUACUAGAGAGGCAGAAAUAAUAGAGUAAAUACAGUGUGUUUAUUUAUAAUUUUUCUACUCUGCUUAGAAAAUGCUUUUUAAUAAAAAAAUGUGAAGUAGGCAAAUGGUACGAUGAUGUGCUCAGCCAUUUAAUUUAAAAUCGAAAAACAUUUAAAAAUUCAUCUCAAUUAAAUUUUUUAUAUUUUUAAAAAAUAGAAGUGAUUUUGUUCAUCCCAUAAAUUUAAAUUUUUUAACUGAAUACUUGUUAAUGUAGUUCAAAAUAAAAUAUUAAAUAUUGCAAAUAAACCGGAGCAACACCAACAAUCACAAUGAAUCUGGGAAUGCCGCUUUUCAAAAAGAAACUAAAUAAUGACCAAAAAAAAGUUUUGCAAGAAAAGCUGCGUCUAGCUGUUGAUAGACCAGACACAAUAUAUGAUUUGGCAAAUAUUGGUAUAAAUAAGAUUCCGGAAGGAGUGUUUUCAAAAUGUAAAGUUUUACAAAAACAGGCACUAUUACUUCAAAAUAAUUGUUUGGAGGAUUUUAAAUCUGGUGGAGAUUUGAAUGACUUAUCCUGUCUUUUGGUUUUGGACAUUUCCCAUAACUCUUUUACUUCAAUACCAAAGUCUAUUAAUCAUCUUACCAGCUUGCAGAAACUGGAUAUAUCUCAUAACAAAUUAAAGAAGCUCCCGGAUGAAAUUGGAGCAUUAAAAGAACUGCAAGUGUUAAACAUAUCAAAUAAUCAACUGGCUGGUCUACCAGCUACUAUAAAGAACUUUCGAAAAUUAGAUACUUUGGAUAUCAGUGAAAAUAGAUUUUUGACAAAUCUACCUGCCAACCUUUGCUACCUUAAAGAAUUAAAGAACUUUAGAUUUGACCAAGCGAGAAUAACUUAUCCGGCUAAAGAAAUAACAAGCCAUGGUAUAGAAGAAAUCAUUAGAUGGUUUAAAAAGUUGAAAGGUGAUGAGUUUAUGUUGGAUAAUGAUGAAUGUGAUGGUUGUCCACCUUCGAAAUCACCUAGUUUUUCUGGGUCAUCCCCUAUACCUGAAGAUCAGACGAAAUUUGAGGAGGCAAUUUUAGAGCGAGAGAGACAAAAAGAGGAAAAGUACAAAGAACGGUUACGUUUGGAGCAAGAAAUUUUUGAUGUGCAAACAGAGAAUGCGACACUGGUUUUAAACGCACAGAAGGAACGAGCAGAGUUUCUGACUCAAAUUGAAAAGAGUGAAAUGGAAGCCCAAACUGCUUUAGCAAGACAGUUUGAUAACGAAAACCAUGAACGAAAUAAACUGUUAGAACAGCUAUAUUUAGAGGAAAACCAUUUGGACGAUACAGUGAAUUUAGUACUGCAAAUGUCUGAAAGAGCAAAACAUACAGAUGCUUUGCUUGAAGAAUUAGAACAAGAACAGUCUCGAAUUGAUGCUUUGGUUAAAAUAACUCAAGAAGAAUCUGAGAAAUUGCGAAAACAGGAAAUGAUAGAGGCGAUGAGUUAUGUGUUAAACGAAAUGGAGCAAUCACGCCGAAAAUUUGACGAGUAUGAAGCCCAGAAGGAAGCAUCUUUAAAAAAAUCCAUAAAAAGCACUGAGAAGGAGGACCACACUCUACAAGAUGUUUUACACCGGAAAGACAGAGAACAACAAAUGCUAGUGCAACAGAUUAUCACAGAGGAGGAGAAGCAAAAGUCUGCAUUUCAAUUGCUGCAAUUUCAAAAGGAUGCUAAACUAAUCCGCAUAAAGAAGCAGGUGGAUCUAAUCGAAGCUGAAUUAGCUCGAUUGUCAUUAUUGGAAAUGCAAAAGAGACAAGAAAAGAAUGAACAAGAAAUGAACACGUUAGCAGAAAUGCGUAUUCAAACUGCUGUGUUGUUAUCACAGCUCAUUGAUGAGCAGGAACAACGAGAACAGCGUUUGAAAGAAACUGUUUCUCAAAUGGAGGAAAAGCGCGAAGACGACGCAAAGGAUUAUUGGUUGAUACAGUUUCAACGUCUGCUUGAGAGUAAACCACAACUUCUAAUAGAUGAGGAGAAUCGUUUAGAUGUUUUUGUUGUUGAUAUUCUUCUGCACGCGCACGCGAAGGAGUACUUACCACAUUUUGCGCGACAUCGGAUAGAUGAAUUAAAGAUGAGAGCAAUAACAAAAGAAAAACUACACGAGAUUGGUGUAAAAGAUGGAAAAAUACAGGCAGAUAUAUUAGCUGGUGUCAAAUCAGCUGUACUAAUGAAUGAUGAUUUCAUAAAAAGAGAAGCCACUUUCGUUAAACCUGAGAAAGACGCUACCACUCCGGUUAGUGAUUUAAGAGAGAAUCCAAUCCCACCCCAUGGCAUGCCAACUGCUUCCGCGCUUCCCGCUAUGAAUGUGUGUGGUGAAUCUGAAUGUGUUGUAUGUAUGGAUCGAAGACCGGAAGUUGUGUUCUUGACUUGUGGUCACGUGUGCACUUGUUCCAUUUGUUGCCAGCCACUCAAUGAUUGUCCUAUAUGCCGACAGACGAUUAUACAGAAGUGUCGUCUUUUUGCCGUGUAAGGGUUGUUGUGGUUGUAGUCGCUUGGUGAACGUAAGAAAUACGAAAGUCAACGAGAAACCUCUAAUACAUUUUAUGCUACAAUAUACACCUAAUGUGCUGAAGCUUUUCCAUUAUGUUAAGCUGGACUCCGUAGUUAUUAUAAUAUUUAUAUAAAAUAAGUUUAAUGAAAUUUUGUGCGUCUGGUACAAACGUGUAACAAUGCACUUGAACUUUUUUAACCUCGUCACCAGGGCGUACAUAGCGAUGUGCCGGGAAAAUUGGCUCUGGGAGCGAGGAUGGGUUUGACUAUUAUAAUUAAUAUUACAUGUACAACUAGCAUACGAUAGAGUUUGAGUUUAUUAACAUUUUUCAAUCUGAUUGUUAGUCGUUUAAUAAUUUUUUUAAAAUACUUAAGUGGCUUUAUUUUAAAUUCUUUCUAUUUAUUUUUUAUUCUUUUUUUGUUUGUUUAUCUUCCAGUAAACUCUAGCCUGAAAUGUUUGGCAAAUACUAUUUCUGCUUUAUAGCGUAACAUACACCAUAAAAACAUUUUCACGUAAGUCAUGGAGAGGACUUAGAAGUACAUCUAUAAAUAAAUAAAUUUACUUUAAAUAAUAAAGUCCGAGUUUUUAAAAGAGUCCGUUGUGAUGUUUAAAGUCAACCGAGGAUCGUGGUCUUGACGGAAAGGUAAAUAAAUAAGGCUCCCCGGACCGCAUAUUUUCAGUAGCAGCACUGACAAUUUAUACCGCAGGUUCAAAUUGCAUUAAUUUUGAGCCGCGCGCGAAUGAAAGACCUUGUUAAAGUUUUAAGCUAUUUUAGUUGUUUUUGUAUUGUGUUCUGUUAUUAAAACUAUUUAGACUUCGAAAUCAGAAUUGAUUUUGAAUGUUCUGAAAUGUAUUGAAAUAGGGAGUAUAAUUUUGUUUCUGUGUGUGUAAUUAUAUUUUGAUGAAGUUUUUUACUCGAUGUAAAUAUUAUCGUGGUUGCUGUUGACAACGUUUUCUCCCUCCACCUUUUCUGUCGACUAAAGAAAGUAAAACAUUUUCUUGUUACUUAUUCUAAUAUGUAUAUAUGUAUUUAAUAAAAUAUAUGGAAUUGAAAAAAA